GUGUUUGCGUAGUGUGAAUGUGCUCUCGUAAUCUUACUGUAAUCUUUGAGUAGGAGACGUGUUUAUAACAUUUAAUAAAGCAUUGUAAUGGAAGAUUGGUUAAUAGUUUGUGUAAUGCAUCUUUAAUAAUAAAAAUAUAAUAUGAGUGGAACGUCGCGCAAAGUGAAAAAUCCAUUGCUCUCAGCAGCUGGUAUGGGAUCACCUUUUGAAUAUUAUUCGGAAAAUGCUCUACUUGUACCAGUUACACCUGCAACACCUGCAGUACUUAGAGACGAUACUGAGCUAGACAACUUCGUGGGACAGGAGUCUAAUCAGUCUCAGGACUCGUCGGUGAGGCGGACAGUUACGAAGAACGAAUUAGAACUUAAGAAUUCUCUAAGUUCAGAGGAGUCAAAGGUGUCGACGAAUCAGCCAGCGAAACAAGGUUACUUCACAUCAAUUCUCUCGUCUUUACCGAACUUGUCCUUGUCUUCGACCAAACCUGAUUCUUCGGGAAAUCGAGGGAAUCAAAGAGUCGAAGUCGCUACUGACAAACAGGAUACAAAUUCUUACGGCCAUGGUUCAUUACCGGAAACGUCGUCGUUCUUAGCGCUUAAUCCUCACGAUCCUUACGGUGGAAACCAAUCAGGAUCUGGUGAGGUUAAUGUAGGAGUGACAACUUUUGUAGCUCCUCCACAACCAACUCUUCCACCAACUGUACCGAUCUCAACAGGCGGUCCAGUUUCUUAUCGACUUGGCAAUCAGCGACGUUUAAAAUAUGCUCCACCUCCUGACUUAACAUCAAACACUACGAAACAAUAUUCGAAUCCAUCUGUACAAGCUCUGCUAUCAUCUUCAAACGUACCAGCACCGUCAAGUAUAUUAAAUCCAAAUGCAGUGACAAUUGAACAGCAGGUUUCGAACAGUAGCCCUCCACCGUCGCAAACUUCUGUAAUCUCUCCUGCGGAACAGCUCGUAACACCGGAACAACUUUCACGAAGUACGUCCCUUCAUGGAUCGUUUAGAUCCAGUCCUUCGACAAUAGGAGCAUUCAACAAUUCUAGCGUGGCUUCUCAAAGUCAAAAUUCUUUCGGUGAAAGUUCUUUUACAACCGGCCCACCCGGACAUCCAGUUUCUUCAUCGAGGUCGAUACCUCCACGAAAUUUAGAUCCCGCCACACCUCAAAAUACUCCGGCUAACGCUUCCUCUUCUUUCGGUUUUUAUAUCAAUCAGCCGGAUUCAUUUAUGCGAACUGGAUCAACAUCUUAUAGCGAGAAAGAGCAAGAACCCACGGACAAUAGAUAUAUCCAUAAUCAAGAUAUUUAUAAGCCAGGAUCGGCCAAUACAACUUUGGAUGUUUCAAAGACACAAUCGCUUAUAUCUCCAGUAAUUAACACGUUCAGACCUAUUUCAGCAGCUAAAGUGACAGAAAAAUUAGAACAUUUCUUAGCUGAGCAAAAGGAAGGAUCACCAUCCGGUGUUUCGUCGGAUUUUUCUUCCGAAGUAACUAAUAUAACAUCACAAAUUGGAAAUGAGGUAAAGACUCCUACCGAUUUGCAAAGUAUACUUCAAUCUUCUAGCAAAUCAAACGAGGAUUUGAAUAAAAUAAAAUCGAGCGACGAAUUAUCGAACGUCGACUUAUCUUUAUCCGAUGUACCUUUGAAUAAAAACUCCUUCGAUAAUUUUAAUUCAUCUGAAAAUAUUCAAGAUUUUAAAGCAAUACAAAAUAUUACAUUGGACACACAAACAAAUAAAUUAGAUCCAAUCCCUCAAGAACAACUUAAUCAGACGCAAUCAUUGUCUGCUUUACCUUUGAACAAUGUUUUCCUAGAGAAAACAUCGGAAUCAACUGUAAAUUUAAAUCCUGGAUCGAUUCAAGAAGAAUCCAGAUCAAGCUCCGAAACCGUCGGUCCAUCUUUAAGUGCAUUUUUUGAACCAGUAAACAAUAAAACAAACUAUCCUUCAUUUCAUCCUCAACAAAGUGAUAACGGUAUAAAUUUUAAUAAAGUAUCAAAUAUCGAUCCACAUAAGAGACAAGAAUAUUCUACUUUUAAUCAACAAUCAACAAAUACUACAUUAGCAAUUCCCCAACCAAUUUGGAACCCUAAUCAAAACAAUUCAGCACACGACGAUCAAGUUCCACAACCUCCUCAAUUUUAUAAUCCUGCACAGUUAAUGGGCGAAACUUACAAAUAUCAAUAUCCUGGAAGUAUAUAUGUACCAACGACCGAUUCUGUAUUCAAUAGUCAAACGCACACAUUUGUUGCUCAAUCUUCGAAAUUGGAAGAAUCUCGAAACGUUGUUCCCAAUAACGAUUUUAUAUAUGCACAACUUUCGCAUUCUAUGGCUACAACAAUACCGGAAUCUACAGGGUCUGCUACACUUAGUCCAAUUCAAUUAACAGCAAGUCCAUUAAGUGGUCGUACGACACCAGACGGUAUACCUCAGAGUCUUCAAAACUUGGCUCUUGGUAUUCCAACAGGACGAAUGCAGUACAGAGCGAUAUAUCAUCACUGGUUCUAUCGUAAGGAGGUGGAAAAUAAAGUACUAUGGCUUCCGUUUUCUAUGCAGGAUAGUUUGCGACUGGAAGAUGUACACAAUUCUAGUGAGAUCACUACUGAGACUACAGUAGCUACCGAUGGUGGUCGUUAUGACGUAGAUAUUCUCAGACGUCAAAGGUCUCCUGUUUACUGGACGGGACCUUCGACUGAAGUGAGAAGAUGUUCUUGGUUUUACAAAGGACCGUCAGAAUCGAGAUAUAUCCCUUACGAGGAGAGUAUAGCCGCGAAGCUUGAAGAAGAAUAUAAACAUGCUUGUAUCACACUUUCUUGGAAUCGACGGAUCGAUCUAAAUAAUGGGGAAUAUAUUAUUUUUCAUAGUGCAAACGUACAAAUGCAUUACUUGCAACCAAAUUCUCCAGAUGCUAGUGCCUCUUGGUCUACUACCACUGACUCAGAGGACGGAUAUUUGCAGGGUGGAGGUGCUAGACCACGAGUAAUUAAAAGAGGUGUCGAUGAAUUUACUAUAGAUGAAGGUGAACCAGAGAAAGUCGAUCAUCUUCUUUUCUUGGUUCAUGGUAUAGGAAGUGUUUGUGAUUUAAAAUUUAGAACCGUCGAAGAAGUUGUUGACGAGUUUCGCAGUAUAUCAUUGCAAUUAGUGCAAUCACAUUACCGCACUGCCAGCGAACAAGGAAUCGUAAAUAGAGUAGAAGUUUUACCAAUUUCAUGGCAUACAACUUUACAUUCUGAUACUGGGAUUGAUAAAAAGUUGAAGGCUAUUACUUUGGAAAGUAUACCAAAGUUACGACAUUUUACAAAUGAUACUUUGCUCGAUAUACUUUUCUACACUAGUCCGAUAUAUUGUCAAACGAUCAUGCAAACGGUUGGAAACGAGUUGAAUAGAUUGUAUAUAUUAUUCAAGGAACGGAAUCAAGACUUCAAAGGGGAAGUUUAUUUGGGUGGUCAUUCUUUAGGUAGUUUGAUAAUGUUUGAUUUAUUGUGUCAUCAGAAACCUCUGGCGGCAGAGGAGGUUGAAGGGGAAAAGGAUGUCGAAGUUAACAGUGAGACAGGAGUGGAAAAUGAAAAUAUUGGUCCUAUACAACCAUUGCCAGCACCGAUUUUAAAAAGGCGUCUCAGUAAAAAAAUUAGUUAUGUAAUGGGUGCUGCUGGAACUGGACAACCUUAUAUACAUUAUCCUCAAUUAAACUUUCAUCCACGUGCUUUCUUUGCUUUCGGUAGUCCAAUUGGUAUGUUCGUAACGGUUCGAGGCAUCGAUACGCUUGGGGAAAACUUCGUCUUACCCACUUGUCCAGCUUUCUUCAAUAUAUUCCAUCCAUUUGACCCGGUUGCUUAUAGAGUGGAGUCUCUCAUUAAUCCAGAAGCUCAUAAAUAUCGGCCCAUGUUAAUACCACAUCAUAAAGGCAGGAAGAGAAUGCAUUUGGAAUUGAAAGAGACGAUGGCACGAGUGGGAGCUGAUCUGAAACAGAAAUUGAUCGAUUCUGUUAGGAAUACGUGGAAUUCCGUUUAUCAACUCGCACAUUUUCAUAAACCAGAUAAUAAUACUCUCGAGCGAGAGAUCGAUAAGGUCGUCGAGGAACAAUUACAGCAGUCACCGAGUAUGCCAGAACAACAGAAUAAUGGUGAUGAUGGUGGCGAUGAUAUAAAAAUAGGAAAUUUGAAUGGUGGUCGACGUAUAGAUUAUGUUCUCCAAGAAGCACCAUUCGAAUAUAUCAACGAGUAUAUUUUUGCUUUAACGAGUCAUGUUUGUUAUUGGGAAUCUGAAGAUACUAUGUUAAUGAUAUUAAAAGAAAUUUAUGGAUCGAUGGGUAUACAAACUGAUGCUCAACUUCCUCAACAAACUUUAUCUAUUGAACGACCACCACCAUCUUUGUCAUCGUCAACUUCUGGCUCUGUUAAAAACGAUUCAACGGUACCUGUAAUAGGCAUAGAUCCUACAGCACCUAUUUCCAAUAAAUCCAUUGGACCACCACCUACAACUGGUUUCGUGAGAAAAUCGUGAUUAACACCAAAUUAUCGUACUUCGAGAUACUUUAUUGAGAAUCCUAACAGUAAGGUCUUUAACUGAUGUUAGAUAAACAAAUUUGGAGAUUGCUAUAUGUGGAAUCGAUGUUGACAUUGUAUCCAUCAUUGAUAAAGAGUUCAACAUUGAAAUAUCGAAAGAGAUCAUCAAUGAAAUGUCGUGCGGAUAAUCAAUCUAAUCGUGUCCUAAACAUCGUUACACUAAUGUUAUAUUUUUAGAAUCAAAUUAGAUAAUAUAAUUUUAUGAUACGUACGGGUUGUAUAUAAGAUAUUUCAACUAUUAAAAUUAAGCUUUUAUAUCGAGAAAUUUUUAACACAUAGACGUCGAAUUUGUGAUUAUAGAGAGAAAGAAUAUACAUGUAUAUACAUUCGUAUGACCGUCUGUGUGUAUGUUUGAGAGAAUAUCUAAAAAAAAAGAUUUCCAACCAAAAAAAAAAUCAUAACGGGAUAAAAGAUAAAAUGUUGUUUUAUAUAUAAAUAAGAUUCAUAAAUGUACAUGUAGUUAAUAGCUAAGAUAACUUUUACAAAAUUUCAAACUUGCGCUCUGCAACUGGUUCAAUUUUCAUUGGACUUAUCUCGUGUUCGCAAUUAAGUCUUUUAAUAAAUUACUGUAUUCUUUUAUAUAA